AUAUAAAUCGCUCAAACUCUUUUCCCCUCCCCCUAUUCGAGCGCUCUCUCCCUCUCUCUGUAUGCCCUCAAAUUCCUCUAUCCGAGAAAACAUCGGAUCCCUGUCUUUCUCUCUACUCUGUUGACUCAUUUUGAUUCUCUCUCUUUCUCUCUCUAGAAAUGGGGAAGAACAUUCUGGUGACUGGUGGAGCUGGUUACAUCGGUAGCCACACGGUCCUGCAACUACUGCUUGGAGGAUUCAAUGUUGUGGUGGUCGAUAAUCUCGACAAUUCUUCGGAGAUUGCCAUUAAAAGAGUCACUGAGCUUGCUGGAGAAUCUGGAAAAAACCUUGUUUUUCACGAGGUUGACCUGCGAGAUAAGGUGGCCUUGGAGAAAAUCUUUUCUUCUUCGAGUUUUGAUGCUGUCAUUCACUUUGCUGGAUUGAAAGCAGUGGGUGAAAGUGUACAGAAGCCAUUGCUUUACUAUAACAACAAUCUAAUUGGAACUAUUAAUCUCUUAGAAGUGAUGGGUGCACAUGGUUGCAAAAAGCUGGUGUUUUCAUCAUCUGCUACGGUUUAUGGAUGGCCAAAGGAGGUUCCCUGCACCGAGGAGUUCCCACUAUGUGCCACGAACCCGUAUGGGCGAACUAAGCUUUUUAUUGAAGAGAUCUGCCGAGAUAUCUAUCGUUCAGAUUCAGAAUGGAAGAUUAUAUUGCUUAGAUACUUUAAUCCAGUGGGUGCUCAUCCUAGUGGCUAUAUUGGAGAGGAUCCUCGUGGAAUCCCGAACAAUCUCAUGCCCUUUGUUCAACAAGUUGCUGUAGGCCGGAGACCAGCAUUAACAGUAUAUGGCAAUGAUUAUUCGACAAAGGAUGGCACGGGGGUCAGGGAUUAUAUUCAUGUUGUGGACUUGUCAGAUGGACACAUUGCUGCCGUACAGAAGCUUGAUGACCCUAGUAUAGGUUGUGAAGUAUAUAACCUAGGAACUGGAAAAGGAACCUCCGUCUUGGAAAUGGUAGCAGCAUUUGAGAAGGCCUCUGGAAAGAAACUUCCUCUGGUUAUGGCUGCUCGCCGUCCUGGGGAUGCCGAAAUAGUCUACGCAUCCACUGACAAAGCGGCACGCGCAUUGAACUGGACAGCUAAAUAUGGGAUAGACGAAAUGUGCCGGGACCAAUGGAACUGGGCGAGCAAGAACCCAUGGGGCUAUGGGUCACCUGACACGAACAACUGAAAAAGUUCGAGGCUGUUGCUCUAGAGAGGUGAGAUUUAUUUCUGCGACUGUCGCAU